AGCGAGGCAUUCCCAAGCCAAGAAGCCAAGGAGUGUGGGACCACCAGGGCUUGCGGACACAUCAGCUGCCGGAAGAGCAAUGGGGCGAGAGAGCUGGGCCCUGGGCUGGGCGCUGGCCGCCGUCGUGGCUCUGCAGAUGGCGGCCACAGAGCGGCCGCCGCAGACGCUACCCAGAGAGGCCCAGCUGUUCGCAGACCUCAGCGCCCAGGAGCUGAAGGCGGUGCGCAGCUUCCUCCAGUCCCACCAGGAGCUGGGGCUGCAGUCCUCGAAGACCCUGACCCUGGCCAAGAACUCCGUGUUUCUCAUUGAGUCGUUGCUGCCCAAGAAGCAGCACGUGCUGAGAUUUCUGGACACGGGAAGGAGGCCUCCUGCGCGGGAAGCCCGGGCCAUCGUCUUCUUUGGGGCCCAGGAGCACCCCAAUAUCACCGAGUUUGCUGUGGGGCCCCUGCCCCAGCCCUCCUACAUGCGAGUACUGUCCCCGAGGCUGAGGCACCAGCCCUCCUGGGCUUCCAGGCCCAUCACCGCAGUAGAGUACAGCUUCCUCUUCCGCACCCUGGCGGAGGCCACCAAACCCCUGCAUCAGUUCUUCCUGGAUGCCACGGGCUUCUCAUUCCAAGACUGUGGCACCCGGUGCCUGACCUUCACCGACGUGAGCCCCCGGGGGCUGGCCUCUGGCCAGCGCCGCAGCUGGGUUAUUUUACAGCGCCACGUAGAAGGCUAUUUCUUGCACCCCACCGGGCUGGAGCUCCUGGUGGACCAUGGGAGCUUGGAUGUCCAGCGCUGGACAGUGGAGCAGGUCUGGUACAACGGGAAGUUCUACAAGAGCCCAGGAGAGCUGGCACAGAAGUAUGCAAACGGGGAGGUGGACGCUGUGAUCCUUGAGGGACCCCUGCCCAAGGGCCAGGGCGCUGCGAGCCCAGAGGAUCCACCCUUGUUUUCCUCCUACAAGCACCGAGGGGACUUCCCCACCCCCAGCCACAAACCCGGCCCCCGCGUGGUCCAGCCCCAUGGCCCUCGCUACAGGCUGGAGGGAAACACCGUGCUCUAUGGGGGCUGGAGCUUUGCCUUCCGUAUGCGCUCCUCCUCCGGACUGCAGGUCCUGAACGUGCACUUUGGGGGUGAGCGUAUCGCGUAUGAGGUCAGCAUUCAAGAGGCUGUGGCACUGUACGGAGGACACACACCCGCAGGCAUGCAGACCAAGUACAUCGACUUGGGCUGGGGCCUGGGCAGUGUCUCCCACGAGCUAGCCCCUGGCAUCGACUGCCCAGAGACAGCCACCUUCCUGGACACCUUCCACUACUAUGACGCUGAUGACCCUGUCCUCUAUCCCCGAGCCCUCUGUCUCUUUGAGAUGCCCACUGGCGUGCCACUUCGGCGACACUUUAACUCCAACUUCAGCGGUGGCUUCAACUUCUACGCAGGGCUGAAGGGUCAUGUGCUGGUGCUACGGACAACCUCGACGGUCUACAAUUACGAUUACAUUUGGGACUUCAUCUUCCAUCCAAAUGGGGUGAUGGAAACCAAGAUGCACGCCACAGGCUACGUCCACGCCACUUUCUAUACCCCUGAGGGGCAGCGCUACGGCACUCGCCUGCAUACCCACCUGCUCGGGAACAUGCACACCCACCUGGUGCAUUACCGCGUCGACAUGGAUGUGGCAGGCACCAAGAAUAGCUUCCAGACGCUUCAGAUGAAGCUAGAAAACAUCACCAACCCCUGGAGCCCAGCACAUCACAUAGUCCAGCCAACCCUCAAGCAGACGUGGUACUCCCACGAGCGCCAGGCAGCCUUCCGCUUCAGGCAGCCGCUGCCCAAGUACUUGCUCUUCAGCAACCGUAUGAAGAACCGCUGGGGCCAUGAGCGCAGCUACCUCCUGCAGAUCCACUCCAUGGCUGAGCAGGUGCUGCCUGUGGGCUUGCCCGAGGAGCGGGCCGUCACCUGGGCCAGGUACCCCUUGGCAGUAACCAAGUACCGAGAGUCGGAGCUAUACAGCAGCAGCAUCUACAACCAGAAUGACCCCUGGGACCCCCCGGUGGUCUUCCAGGAAUUUCUUCACAACAACGAGAGCAUUGAGAAUGAGGACCUGGUGGCCUGGGUGACAGUGGGCUUCUUGCACAUCCCCCACUCGGAGGACGUCCCCAACACAGCCACACCUGGGAACUCUGUGGGCUUCCUGCUCCGGCCCUUCAACUUCUUCCCCGAGGACCCAUCCCUGGCAUCCAGGGACACCGUGAUCGUGUGGCCCCGGGACCAGGGUCCCAACUACAUCCAGCACUGGGUCCCUGAGGACACAGACUGCUUGAGGCCUCCACCUUUCAGCUAUAAGGGUACCUACGGGCCCGUGUGAGGAGCCCGGGCCCCUCUUGCCUGACACUCGUGAGCCCCCAA